UUAGUUAUCAUUUGGUAAGAGUUUUUCACUAUGGCAUUUAGUGCCAGUCUUGUUUUUCAGUUUGCAUAGCAAUUUUUCACACACUUUCCCAAGUCAAGAAAGUUGGAGAUUUUUGUGAUACUUUUAAAAGCAUUUACUCAUAAUCGGAAUAUGCGUUGGAUGUGAAAAGUGUUCUUAAAAUAUAAAAAAUGGCUACCGUAUUCGAUAGCCCUUUCAUUCGACAACGUUUACAUCGUCUAAGGCGUCGUGAUUAUGAUUUCGAUGAGGAUCAGAGAUUCGGUCGAUGUGACUGCACAAGCUAUACUUAUUUCGUGCUUUCAAUGGUGUUAUUUUCUGUGGGUACUGUGAUCACGGUGCUGGCAUUGGGAGACGUCGAUGGUUACAUACUCAGCAAUUUAGGACACAUGUGGCUAGUAGGGCCGAUUUUUAUAUGUUCGGGAAUGAUGGUUGCAGUCAAAAGUAUGCUUUAUUUGCGAAGAAAAAGUGUGAUACAAAUGCUACUUCAUCAGAGAGCGAUUAUUAGGGACAUGGCAGCAGUUCAGGCCGAACAGGCUUAUGGUGGUCAAGUGCCCCGCACUGCAUCAAGCGCAACACUACCUCCAUCUUAUGAUGCUUUAAUUACUAAUGCAGCUACAAGUAAACCUCAGCCAUCAAGUUCAGAACCACCGCCCCCCACAUAUGAUGAGGCCAUGUACCUCAUAGAUGAUGAGAAAUUACGAAUGGAAAACAAAACUGAUGACAGUGCCAAACAAGAAACUAGCAAUCAAACGCCUAGUACCAACAUAGAUAAUAGCAAACCCUGAAACAUAAGAAAACUACUUAUGAGAACUUGUUUAUUAAUUAGUUAUGUAAGAAAAAACUUAAUUCUUCCUUUUGUACUUAUAUUUUUAGAUACAUAGUCACUUACUAUUAAUGUAUAGUAUUCUCAGACGUGCCUAAAAUAUUGGUUUGUUAGCAAUAUUGUUAUAUCGCAAUGUAAAGGGUAUCUGUAAUUUAAUAUGUAGCUUAAGAUAAACUUGUGAACUUGUGUCGACUGCCAUUGCUGGAAGAUGUCUCUGAGCUAGAGAUGAUAUUAGAUCUGUUUGUAUGCAACAUACAUUAUUGCUCAUUUGGAACAGUAAUACCCUAAUACAUAAUGUAGGCACUGUUUAUAGUAGUUAUAUUCAAAAUGCAAGUGAUAGUUAAAAACUGGUUACCUUAUAACUAAUGUUGGCCUAAUAACCAGUAUAGCUCUCUAACUUCAUAGUAAACAUUUGUAGCUAGUUAGUUACAAUUCUAGUAAGACAUAUUUUUGCAAUGUUUGCUACAACAUCCUAUGUUAUGUAAGAACUAUUACAAAUAUAUUAUUGUCACAAAUGAGAAGAAUAAUGUCUGAAUACAUAGUAUUAUUAAAUUGCAGCAUUUAGGCAGUCACAUAUUGUUGUGUUAUUCUAGUGUGACAAGGUACUUAAUGUGCCGGUUCUUUCUACUCUGUAAGGUGUGUCUAAUCCAAAAAUGCAAUUUAUUUUCCUUAAAAUGCUAAUUUUAUGAAGAUCAAAUGUUAGCUUACACCCAGUGUAAUGAGCUAGGGAGAAAGUUAUUCAUGUAUUUAAUGACUCCACUAUUUUUUGCAUUGUUUGUUCUGCAAUGCUAGUUGUUGAUAAUUGAAGACUGAUGCAUUUAUAUUAGUAAACUGGUCAGGUAACCCAUCCAAAUUUGAUCUGAUAAGUAUAUUGUGACCAAGAAUUGAAAAAAAGAUGAACAAAGUACUUACUGCCAAAUUGUAAACAUCCCAUAUAAUAAUAGGUCUUGUUUGAUGAUGACCAAGUGGGCCCGAAAAUCAUUUGAAUUCCAUUUUAAGUAUUAGAAGAUCCACAGUAAAACUAAUUUGUUGUAUAAAAAAGAUGCAUUUCAUAUUUUCUGAAUAGCCAUAGUUUUGACCAUUUGAAU